AUGUCUCAUACUACCAAACCGGCCCCUACACUAGACACUCUACCAUCAGAGCUUCGAAGGCUUAUUGUUGCUCAUCUGGCACCAUCAGGACCCGAAGAACUGCGUCCAGGAUGCAAGGCUCCUCUCAAGAGUGCUAACCUUGCACAUCCUUGUCUCCGCGAAUGGGUGCCGGAAUUCAUGUUUCGUGACAUGGCCCUCGAACAUGUCAUUGUUGGCAUGGCAAGCUUUCUAGAGCGUUUCGCUGUUAACGAAGACAACGCUGGGCUCCUGAAACACGUCAAGACAAUCCAAGUCAAGGUGCCGCCAGCGAUUCGAUGGGAAGUUGACACUGAGCACGACUUUGAUACUAUCGAAGACAUAACGAUGCGGCGUCUGUGCCAUAAUUACGACGCGGAGACGCCGGAUGAUUUGACCAACGAACAACGCCAGUACUGCGGGCAUUACCAUAGAGCCUUGGUCGAGCCGUUCGUCGACAACCGCCGAUGGUACGUCUUACUCAGGAACGCGCAACAGUCGUGGGGUCAGGUCUUUCACUACUUUCCGAACUUGCAGCAUAUAGGAGUUGGGUGCUGCGAGCGAGUGGAUCAUCCAACCGGCACGUACACUAAUGUCUUCGUUUCUCAAUUCGGGAGACACGUUACAUGUGAAGCCGAACCGCCGUUCGUCGAGGAUCCGACGAUCAACAUGGCUUGGGCAAGCGCCCUUGUUCUAGAAGGUGCACCGCAGACCGUUCGAUCGCUCCAGCUGUCCAUGGCAAAUAUGGACAAUUUCAACUCUUUCGCGACCGUAAAUCGUCUGCUGAGCAUCGUGUACAGAAAUUCCCAGUUCCUAUCACUUCAGCCGCCUCUUGGAGUAACCGAACUCUCAAUAACUCUCCGAGGUGUGGACGGUCUGCAUGGGGAACUCGAGUGGACUGGUGAUACCGGAAGCGCAGGUCUGCUUCGUUACUGGAAGAAAGUCCUCGGUGCAUUAAGAAACUUAAGGUAUCUGGAAUUCCGCGAGGAAGUCGGCGACUCGCCAAAUCUUGCCUUCACUAGUGGAGAGGAAACGGACUCCAACGACAACGUUGUGGUCUGGCUGCUGCACCAUCUCAAACACAACAGGCUUGAGACCUUACGCCUCCGCGAUUUUUUUCUCGAUCCGGAUUGGUUUCGCGACAUGUUCUUCACCGACUGGCCGAACCUUAAGAACAUUAUCCUCGAUAACACCUCCCUCAGGUGGUCGACCGAAGAUAAAGGCCAAGAAGAACACGAGCAGCCGAGCGAAAUAACUGUUCGAGAUCACCAUAACGAGAAGGCAUGGAUGCGAAUCUGUCAAUUCCUCUCCAACGAAUACCCUAGUGUGAACAUCCACAUCAACCAACCUGCAUCGUGGGGCGAAAUUGGCGGGAACUACAUUCUACUCUCCAAGGACGUGGAGGAGUUGCAGCGACUGCCUCGCGUCAAACUCAAUGUCCGUCCAUCUUACCCCUUCACGGACAACCGGCCACCUGAAAACCUUGUCCUGGUUCAUGGCCCUGCUUCCCGACCCCCUCUGCCGAGCAAUGGACCCAAAUCGGAAGAGUAG